UUCACGGUUGUUUUCGUUUGUAAGUGCUCAUUCAAUAGGUCAGUUUCCGCAUGAGAAUCAAACAUAGAAUCAAGCAUUCGCCAUUCACUGAAUGCAGAUAUCGUACUGCAUACAUAUCAACCUACGCAGCCUUUGUUUUUUUGCUCAUAGCUUUUGUUACUCCAUACUGGUUACAAUCAUGGCCUAGACUUCAUACACCUUUUAUCCGCUUAGGAUUGUGGGAAUUUUGUGUCAAUGGUUUUGUGCAACGUCUAGAUCCCAAUAUGAUUUCUUACUACGGUUGCUGGUGGAUUCUUUCUCCUUAUAUGCAAAAAAUAUUCACGGAUUUGGUUCCAUUUUGGUUUUUGAUCAUCCAAGUUAUGGUGACAGUAUCUCUAUGUCUACAGAUAGUAGCAGUGGUCACUCUUAUUGCGUACAUGUGUAAAAGGAUCAGACAUGUGGAACGUCAGUCGUUUUUUAUCUCGUUAAUUACAUUCUGUCAUUCUUGCUCAACAAUUUUAAUAUUUAUAUCAGUGGUUAUUUUCGGUGUAAAUUAUCAAACAGAGACUUGGAUGCCUUAUCCUACAUUGAAUUGGCCAUCUUGGUCAUAUGGAUUUGCAAUUCUUUCUGGUUUCUCUUCAUUAUUUUCAGCUAUUUCAUUUGGUCUAUUCAAUAAAGAAUUACGUCGAGAUAUUCAAACACUAGUAUUAGAAUUUCCAAUGAGCACUAAAAUUAAAACACGACGUCGAUGGAAAUUAAUAAAACGUCAUUGGCCAGAAGAAGCUUUACCAGUUAAAAUAACAGAUGAAGCAAAAUCAACAUUUCAAUCAGGACAAAAGUAUCAUUCACAUUCUGAUUUAGAAGCACCAAUAGGAUCUAUGGAGAGAUUUAGUGAAGAAUAUAGUUUUAGUGAAAGUAGUGGAAAUAAUUUAGUUCGUGAUAAUCGAAAAAUUAAAAAUUAUCAUGAUGGUAAUCGACAAGACUCUGAAAUUUAAAGAGUAUAUACUUUAUUAAUUGUAAAAAUAUCGUCUAAUUUAAUUUCUUUAUAAUUUAGUAUUUUUACUAACAAGAAUAUAUCUGUGUUAUAACUUGUA